CCGAUACCGAUGCGAUUGCAUGAUGUAUGCUGUUAGACAUGAAUUUUCAUUUGUUGGAUGAUGCAUUCAAAAUUCUAUGCAUGAUUAGGCUUGCCAUUGAUCUUGAAUUAAUCUUUAUUUCUAAAGUUAAACAAUAUCUUUUAUUUCUAAUAAAUGAUAUGCGGAUCGCAAUUAGAAACAAAUAUGCAUACAUUCUUCUUGAUGACGACUGUAUUUUGCCUCUGCAUCGGAAGGUAGGUUUUCAAUUUAAAAACAUGGUCAAUAGAUCAAUAGUUUUUUUUUUUUAAAGAUUAAGGACUCUUGUUUUCUUGUAUUUUUGAUUUACUUCUAAAUAAAUUAUUAGUGACUAAAUUAGUGAUGUUAUUAUAUUAUAUGAAUAUGAUGGUCAUUAUGGACAUUCAUUAUGGUCAAGGAAGGUUUGUUGAAUUUAAUUAAAAUUAAUUAUGUAUAGUAUGAAUUUUUAAAACUAGACCUAUUUUUUUAAUUAAGUCUUAAAUAAGGUAAUAAUAAAUAAUGAAAACUUACUGUAUCAGUAAUCUGUAUACUGUAUAAUAAUAGUACAACUAUAACACUAACACUAUUUAUUUACUAUUAUAUAACUAAUUAACUUACUUAUGCUACUACUACUUGACUUAUACUUAUAACUAUAAAUAAUAUGAUGACUAUACAAAAUCUCUUUGUUAAUUUAGUAAAUUAUAUUAGAGGGCCAUGAAGAACAAUGGAAAUUUACGUUCAACUUAUACAAUACAUAGUUAUAUACUUUCAAUAUUGACAGUAUAUAAUAUAAUAUAAAAUAAUAAUAUAGUAAGCCUACAUUAGGGCAAUGAUUAUGAUUAUUAUGAAUCAUGAAUCAUUAUUAAUGUUUACAGCCUUACAUUACAGAGUUUACAGAGUUAUAAAAUUUCUUAGUGGCAAACACAUUUAUUAACUUUUCAGACUAAACAAAAACAGUCUUUUUAGUUUUAGAAAUAACCUAUAAUAUUAACUAGUAACUACACAUAUAACAAUUAAAUAUUAUUAAUAUUUAAUAAUAUUAUUUUUUUUCUCUAAUAGGUCUAACUCAUUUGACCUGAUGAAAAUUCUCAGAAAUGUUAAAGAAAGUGUUUACGAAAAAGCAAUUAAGGUCAAACAAGUGGUGGUAGAAGAACUAAAAGAAUUUGGGGCAUUUGUGAAAGAACAUAGUGUUAAAGCUGAAAAGGAAGUUGUAAAAGAUCUGGGAAAAUUUGGAGAAAUUGUGAAAGAAAACACCAUUGAAGCUGAAAAGGAAAUUGCUAAAGAUCUCAAAAUAGUUGGAAAAACGUUGAAAGAUAACACAAUUAAAGCUGUUAAUGAAGUGGUUGAAGACAUCAGGAAAGUUGAAGAGGUUUUUGAAGGUAAAACUAGUUUAGGUUUUACAGAAAGUUCAGAAAUUGUGCUUAAGUUAAAAUAUAUUGCUUUUAAUUUUUAGUGUAUUUUAUAACAUAGAAGAAUAUAUUCUCAUCCUUUUCAAAACAGACAUUACAUUUUUGGAGGCUAGAAUAUAUUUAUUUUCUUCUAAAUUUCAACAAUACUUUAAUUUAUUUAAUGAGAACCUAACUUUAGGUUUAAUUAAAAAAAUCACUCUUUUGGCAUCAUCUGGUGAUAGAAUUCCUAGUGUAUAGUAGAUAGAAUGUACGGUUAAAUAUGAAUAAUAAUAUGACUCAAUCCACUUUCUAUAAUUAAAUGGUCACCUGAUUUAUUUAUGAGUGCAGAAAUAAAAAAAAACUUUUCAAAAUAUCAUGACCAAAUUUAAUGAAUUGUUUUGUUUUUUGAUUCAUCAUAGAUGUCUAUGCAUUCUUGUGUUUAAGAUAAUCUUUUUAUUGUCUCUUUAAAAGACUGGAGAUUCAAUAAAAACUGUUCUUGUCAACACUACAUGUGUGGCUGCUCUGUGCAUCUGGAAAUCCCCCAGAUCUCACUCAACAAUACAGGUAUGUACAACAAUUGUUAGCACCAAAUACAGCCUCCCAAACACAUGUUUUCACAUGCAAAUUGUUCGCACUAGGCCUAAUGUCAUCAUCCUAAAGCCUUUACCUCAAAGUUUAUCAUAUAUACAAUUUAUCCCAAACACACAUGAUGAAGUAUAAUUAAUUUGUAAACUGAAAGAAGAUGAUUUUAAUUAUUUUGAUUUGAGUUUUAUAAUGAAACAUAUUUAUUACAAAAUAUUACUAAAGCAAAAUAGAGUAGGAGUCAGAAAUUUUUUUAAAAAGUGAUCUACUUAAAACAGAAACUUGUCCAAUUUAUUUCAUCGUAUUUUUUAUUUAAUCUACAGGUUGUCUGAGCGUGACUUACCUUGCGGAUGAAGUUGGAUUCGAAUUUCUAUUCACUCUGGAUGGAAACGUUAUUUUUGAUAGGAAAUUAUCAGGUAUUUGCAUAUUUUACACAUUCUUUUAAACUAUUUGUAGUUGGAACUUUCAAAUGAAUGCAAUCAUUUAUUUUUUUCCCUAAUUUUAAUCUGUGACAUCUGUCUUUUAUUGUCUAUUUUGUUGGUUUUUUUUAACUUAAAAGACAAGAAUUAAAAUAUUUCAAAAACAAAAAUCUUAAAUUUUUUUCAAACUGCAAGCAUUGCCUCUCGCAUUUGGUUACAUUUCAAAAUCUAAAACAAAUGCCAAAAGAUUAUAUCUACAUUUUUGUUGGAUAGAUAGGAAUGAAAAUAAUCUUGAAAACAAAUUAAAUUUUGUUCAUAAAGAAGUUACUGGAAUAAUGGCACAAAAACAUCCUUUCUGUUUCACUGCGUUUGUAAAACAUCUAUUAGUUUAUAUAAAUGAAGGCUGCAGUAAAUUUUCUUAUCAAAGUUCUUAGAAUUGAUUUUUUUUUAAUAAUGAAAAGGUUCAAAAUAUUUUUACAUUUUGCAUUCAUUAAUUUUUUUUUUUUUUCAAGUGAAAAAUCCACCGGCCCUAUGCACAGGAGGUCCAUUUGUCCACCAUCUGGCGAGAAUAUGUUUUCGUUUCCAUGACCUGGAUUAUAAGGAGAUGCAGUUUACCGGCUGUGCAUCUCUCGAGGCUGAGCUGGAAUCGGUUCUUGUUAAAACAUUGAAGUUGGGCUGCUUCGGAAUACCCACACUUUUCCUACUCUAACGCUAACAUAGAAUCGUUAAUCCCUGAAACACAUAUCAUAAUUUAAAAACCAAUAGCAAGAGUUUAUCCGUCAUUAUAUUGAUAUUUAAGUUAAGAGAAUUACACAUUUUGGGGUUGUUACAUUUUUUAAACAUGUUUACUACUAAUACCAUUUUUUGUAGGACUGAGAGUUUUUAAGUUUCAGUUAAUUAUUUAUGUCAAUAUUAUAGUUCAAAUUAUGGAUGAUAUAAAUAUAUAGACAAUAUAUAUAUACAUAUUUAUUGUAAUGAAAAGUGACAACUUGAAGACCUUAGUGCUAAAAGUACUUAAGUAAAAAAAUACACAUUUUGAGAUAAUCAAGUUUAAAUAUUCUUAUCAUCUAUAAAAGGUGAUCAUUUUCAUAUUUCUUCUUGUUUCAUAAGGGACAUUUCAAUGUGUUCAAAUUUUUGCAACAUACUUGGCUAAACUGGAUAAGAAAAAGUCACAGUUUAGAUUUAUUUCGACAAAAAGUACUUUUAAACCAAUUGUUUUUUUAAAACAAGGGUGGAAGAAAUGUUUAAUUGUUUUAAUGACAAAUAUCAAAUUUCAAUAUGAAUUUUUAUACCUAAAUAUUGCCUAAAGGACAUGUGGUACAAAUGUAUUAUUGUUUUAGUUGCAAAAAGUUUUCAAAAAAUUAUAUCUAUUUUGUAGUUGGAAUUUGCCUAAAAUUGAAGUGUGCAUUAGCUUCUGUGUCUGUACCAAAAUCACCAAUUUAUGUGUAAAAAAUUUGCAUGGUGGUAAAAGUAAUUUUCAAGAACUAAGCUUUUUUUAAUAAAGCCUACAUACAUAGUUUUAUAAUUGUUGAUUGAUGAAUGAUUGUUAAUUAUAAAUAAUCAAAAUACUCCAAAAAGUGCACAAUUAAAAAUGUUUUUUUAAAUUCAUUAAAUGUCAUUCGUUGUAAAUUGUUGUUCUUCUUCUUCUAUAUCUUAAGGGCCCACGAUCAAUUUAUUGAUCAUUUUGGCUCCUAUAUGGUGUUUCAUAAUCAUUUUACUCUGUUUUAAGAGUUGAUAUUUUUUUAAGUAUUUACACAAAAAUGUAGCCAACGUCUCACAAUUUAAUAUUAUAACAUCAAAAUAAGUUUAUUUCUGAAGUGUUGAAUUUGAAUGUUUUUUUUUUAUGUAAGAUCAAUGAAUGUAAUGCUUAUGAAUUUUUUCAUAAAGUGAACUGUAUGCAAAUGUAGUAAAAACAUUACUGCUUUUAAAAAAAAAAAAUUAUGGAAGGUCAGUGUGCUGGAGAAUGAAAUUAUUUCAUGAAUGCAUUUAUCAGUGUCUAGUCUCUCUUUAAGCUGCUUAAAUUUUAAAUUUUACUAAUGUUGAAAUUAGCAAUUAUAAAAAUUGUGUUGUUUUUUUCUACCAUGCAAUGAACAAUAAUUUUUUAAUAAAAAUUAACUCCUCUCCAUUUUUUAAUAUUUAAUUAAUUAUUAUUUCAUUUGUCCUGACUUAUACAUAUAACAUAACGGAAGUUUAACCUAAUUUACAUAGUCGCCACAUUUGACAAUCGGUACACCAUUGGCCGAAUGGCAUUAGGACAAACUGUACAACUUUUUGUUUAACAUACAUCAUAGUGUCCUACACUGACUUUGAACCAAAGCAUUCUUGAAUAUGGGUGUGUGAGAGCUCUUAUGUAUAUAUAUGCGAGUACCACUGAUCUUAUUUUAAUCUUGUGAUAUUAGACAUAACCGAGAAUAGAACGUUAAAAUUCCUUGUAAAUGAAAAGUGAUUUCAUCUCUGUAACUUUGAAAUUGUAAUGUUAUUGAUAUUCUUUUUUUUUUUUUUUCCAUUCGAGAACUAUAUUUUUUUUAUUUAUACUACCAUUUAUUCUAAUUUUUUUUUAAAGUUGUUAUUUUUUGGAGUUGUACUAAAAUUCAUCUCAGUUUUCUUUAUCAUAAUUAAUUAUAACUUUUAGAUGAAUUUUUCUUCUUAUACCAAAUGUACCGAAUUUAUUAUUAUUUUUAUUAUAUUUUUUGCCUUAAUUUUAUUCCCCCGCCAUUACUUAUCACAUAACAUUAGAACACGCUGUCCGCAUUGGACAAAUUGAAUCAAUCGGUGUACACGCCACCCUAAUCAAAAAUGAUAUUUUCCUAAUCAUGUGUUAAACAAAUUGAAUUUUUAAAAAUUGCUGGUGUCGCCAAGAGAUACGUUGUCCAUUCUAUGUCUCAUCUAUAACGGGUUGAUUUGUUUUCUUUUAUUUUGUUUCGCUUUAACAUGAUGUAGCUUCUAUGACGAUUCAAUCAUUCGUUUACAUCUGCCAUUCAUGAACGCAGUCAUUGUGUGUCUUAAGGCGAUCAUUGAAUGAAUGCCAUGUCAUUUUACCAAUCUCUAUAAUUUUUUUUUUUAACAUUGAGACACUUCCCUGUUUUUAUUUUUGAGAGUAUAUAAUUUUUUUGCGAAUCCAAAAUUGCAUCAUUACAAAACCAUCUCAUUACAGUCAAGUGUUUAAAUGCUACUAGGUUUAAAAGCCCACCAAGGCACACAUCCAAAUAAACUCAUAUCAUUUUUUCUUACAAACAUAAUUAUUUUUUUUCUUGACUUCCCAGGAGUUGUUUUAUAAUACUUAAUAAUUCAGAGUGCCCUAUUUAGCCAGUCAAUUUGUAAAUGUUCACAGGUGUUUCUCAGGUGUAUGCGUGUUUACUGCGAACUUAAGAUUUCAAGGUCAAAUCAAUUUGUAAAGUUGUUUAGGUUCG